ACUUGUAGAAUUUGCUCAAGGAAUGUGUCAAAAAGAGUUAAAUAUAUCUAAAAACGAUUAUCAAUUCUAAUCUUUCAAUAAUCAUAGUGAAUUAUAUAUUAUGAAGUCAUGGAUAAACACGACCACGUAAAAUUACACUUUCUAUUAGGGAAAAAAAAAUCGAGUGUAUGUACGUAAGAAUUUGUACAAAACAAUAGUAAAUUAAAAAAGAAAACUCGUGAUAAAACAAAUAACACAUAAUCAUCGAAUCUUAGAUAAAAAAAAAUUUAUAAUAAUCCAAAAUGAGUAUUUCAAAUAUUAGAAACACAUAAAUUGAUUUACCAUAUACCUUUGUCAAAAUGUUAGCUGAUCAGUUUCCAGAAGAACAGUAAAUAAAGUGGACUAAAAAUAGGAGCUUCUUCCUCAAGAAUGCCUUCUUCCUAUUAACACCCAAACUUGCUACGUCUUUUAAGGCAUGUAUAUAUAUUUAAGGAGAUUUAUCCUUAACUUUAUUUUCUCCUUCUAAUUUUAUUUCUUCAACUCCACAAAAAUAUAAUUGUACAUUAGCUAAACUCGGGGUUGAAAAUUCGAUAUCGAUAUAAUCUAAUGGAGGAGAAUCUUCCUCCAGGGUUUCGGUUUCAUCCAACGGACGAGGAGCUCAUUACAUUUUAUUUAUCAAAGAAAGUUUCUGAUUUUAGUUUUAAUUCCAAGGCUAUUGCUGAUGUUGAUCUUAACAAGUGUGAACCUUGGGACCUUCCAGGAAAAGCAUCAAUGGGAGAAAAAGAGUGGUAUUUUUUCAGCCUAAGAGAUCGAAAAUACCCAACAGGUUUAAGGACAAAUCGAGCAACAGAAGCAGGUUAUUGGAAAACCACAGGGAAGGACAAAGAAAUAUAUAGAGGAGGGGUGUUAAUUGGGAUGAAGAAGACUCUUGUAUUUUACCGUGGAAGAGCACCUAAGGGAGAGAAAACUAAUUGGGUUAUGCAUGAAUAUCGUCUCGACAAUAAGCUUUCUUUCAAACCCUCCAAGGAUGAAUGGGUGGUAUGUAGGGUUUUUCAAAAGAGUGUAGCAAUAAAAAAACCACAACCCACCUCACCUUCUAUGGUCUCACCAGACUCACCAGAUGACACCAACACAACUACAAAUGAAUUUGGAGACAUUGAACUACCAAAUCUAAACACCCUAUCAACUUCACCAAACCCUACAUUUACUUACCCUUCACUACAAAAUUACCCUAAUUGCACCCCUAAUCAUCUCAAUUUAAACCCGAACACGAAUUUAAACUUAAAUUGGGCACGAGAAAUGGCCACAACACUCCCUUCACUAUCGUCAUGGCCUUCUACCUUGCUUACUCCUAACCUAAAUAACACUGUAAAUUCCUUGUUGCUUAAGGCUCUACAAUUUCGAAACACGAGUAGUAGUGCUACUGACUACUCGUUCCUAGGCAACCAGCAAGGGUUGCCCCUAGGAACGACGAGUGAACUAUGCUCGACUUUCCAUCCUUCAUCAUCUGCUGAGACGGUGUUCCAGUCUUUACAACAACAGCAACAGAAUCAACAAAACCAGCAGCAACUCCAGCAGGAGCAACCAUUCAACUUGGACUCCAUGUGGUGAUGCAUGCAAUUAUGCACAAUACAUGAACAUAUAUAUUAUAUAUUUAUAUAUAUGAAACCGAAGCUAACAAUUUGUGACUUGUUCAUCAAUCUCCAGCUUGUUGAUAAUUGAGUUGCAUGGAAGAGAAAUAAUCAUCUAAAUUCAGAUGAUGAUGAUGUAACUUGUUAAAGUGUAAUUAUUGUGGGCAAAGCCCAAUUAUCGAUCGGGAUUAUUAUUAUUGUAAUUGUUUAUUAUUAUAGGGUUUUGUUGUUAAUAACCCUUAGAUAGUUUAUGUAUAAGUAACUAUAAAGUACGGAGUAUAUGUUUCCGUUUUCCAAAGUGGGACUAAGUUAAAAAUUUAUUACAACAAAAUCACGUGUCUGUAGAUUUAAAUCAAUAUGUAGUUAUUCAAAUUUCAAUUAUUACCCUUUUCUUCCCUGCCAAUCUCCUCCACCAACAAAAAUCACAUGCAUAUGCAUGGAAAAAGGAAUUUAUUGUUCUAGGGUUUAAGUGAUGCAAAAGUAAAGAAAUUAGUUCGCCCUGCAGGCUAUGUGACAUCGUAACAAACUUGCUACUGAUCUACUUAUUAGUUAUUAGUAUGGGAGUUUGACACCAGAGUUGUGAUCAAUUACUUUUGUUUUAUAUAGCUCAAAAUAAUUAAGAUCAUUCUUAAUAAAUUAAAUUUUCUUUAUUUCUACUUUUUUUUGUUUUUUUUUUUCGGUUGAAAGAUGAACUAGAUUAAAAGAUUAAACACACCAUACGAUCAUAAGGCCUUAUUAGCGUGAGUACAUAAUUAUUCGACACCAUACAUCAAGGUGGAUCCAAAAGUGGUGUUCUAACACCCAAACUAGAAUGUUGAUUAGUGGAGCUAAUAAGUUUCCUGCCAAAAGAAAAGUUACUGUUAGUACAUAAGUUAAGACCUGGCGCAACAGGUAAGAUAAUUACACAAAUUUUCAAAAUGCUGCUGAAGUUCCAAACAUCCCUUGUAAAGUUAUUGUUAGUGAUUCCCCAUUUCACUAAAAGCAUUGUUAGUCUGGUUGAUUCCUGUAACAGCCCUUUGACAGCCAGAUAUGAUAGUGAAUUCCUCCCAUCCUUCCCUGACGGCCCAAGAAACAGCAGCAGCUAUGGCCAUGGUCUCAGCCAUAAGAGGGGAUGUAGCUUUUGUAUGAAGAGCAAUACCCUUUACCCAAUUAUGAUGCUGGUCUCUUUAGAUACAAGCAAUACUAGUAGAGUAACCUUGGUCUUUAAAGGAAGCAUCUACUAUUAUGCUUAGAUUAGCUCCCAAGUUUACAGGGUGAGUAAAAGAAGAUAUAGCAGUGGUUGUGGGAGAAGAAGAGGGGCUAAGGAGGGAAAGCUAAGAAGCCAAGAUUUUUGCAGCAUGGAUAUGGGCAAGCACGGUGGCUGAUUUUCUAUUAAAGACCCACUCAUUCCUUCUUAGCCAAAUUCUCCAGGUGAAAAGUGAAAAGAUUUGGUUCCAAGGGAGGUUCAGGGUGCUGUGAAUUGAUGACAAGUUAAGGUUGGCACAUAGCCAAUCUACAGCAUCUGUACCUUGGCUUAUGUCAAGUGAUUGGACCAGUGCCCUGAAUUCCUUGGCUCUGUUACAAUCUCUAAGAACAUGGGAUAUGGUUUCAAGUAUACUAGGGCAAAAGCUGCAAGAUAUUGAGGUUAUAAUAUGCCUUGAAUGGAGGUGGUCUGCAGUGGGUAACUUAUUCCAUAAGCCUAACCAGAGGAAGAAUUUUACUGAAGGGGAAUCUGGAGAGUCCAAAGCUUUUUAACAUAGGUGAAAAUUGGUGAUUGUUUCCUUGCAACCAAAGCUUCAGGUAAGUUGUUCGGAAUCAAAUAAAUCCUCUUUACCUAUGGAAGAGAAAAUUUGAUCCUCCCCAUGGCAAAGCAAGACAAUGGCUUGGAUAUAGGUGUUGAUAUCUGGGGGGAAGAAUGUGUUGUAGGCUAGACUGAUUGAAACUUCCAUUGGAGAUAAUGGAAUUGAUAGUUUUUUCCUCUUCUCCUUCAUGGAGAGGCCCAUGAAUAAUGAGAGACCUUAGGCUUCCUAUACCAACCCAAUUAUCAAACCACAUGGAGCAUUGAUUUCUCUGGCCAAUAGCCCAUUGAGAAAAAGAAGUGAGAAGUUCCCACCCCUUGCCAAUGUCUUGCUAAAUGUGAUAUCCAUUUUUAAAAAGGGUAAGGGUUUGUCUGGCAUAGUACUUCUCUCUUAUCAAAGUGGCUGACAGGUUAGUAGAAUUUUGAACUCUCCAUCCUAACUUUUCCAUGAAAACUAUGUUUUGGAGAUGCGUGAGCCUAAACCCUAGGCCACCUCUCUCUUUUGGGAAACAGAGUUUAUUCCGAGCAAUUAGAGAAGUUUUCUUCUUCUCUAAGGUGGAUCUUCAAAAGAAGCUACUACAGAUUUGGUCAAUGGAGGUAGCUAUUUUCUUAGGCAACAUGAGAGUCUGCAUAGAGUAGGUUGGAAUUGAGGCAAGGGUUGAUUUGAUGAGAAUAGCCCUACCAGUUUUGGAGAGGUGCUUUGCUUUCCAGGAAUUCAGCUUAUAUUUUUAUUUUCUAGGUAAUGUGGCUGAGCUAGGAAGAAGAAGAUCUCUUAUCAGUAAGAGGAAAACCUAGGUAUAUGUCAAGGUCAGAGCUAAUACUGAUAUUGAGGGGGGAGCUGAAGAGGUCCUUGAUGUAAGAGGAAGCAUUCUUUGAGAAGUAAAGCUUGCUCUUGGUAGUAUUCACGCAUUGGCCUAAUGCAUCCCAGAAGUUGGAAAGGGUGUUUUGAACACUGGCUAGAGGUAAAUUAAGGGGAUGCUUCUCCAAAGAGGAGAAGGUCAUCGGCAAAACGCAGGUGGGAUAUGGGGGUGUUGUGUUUCUUGAUUCUAAAAGGUUUCCAAGAACCUUCAUGGCAUGCAUUCUCAAUAAGAAAAGACAAGUAGUUCAUGCAGAUGAUGAAGAUAUAGGGGGAAAGAGGGUCUCCCUACCUAAUACCCCUAGAGGCAGUGAAGUUGUCAGAGUUAACACCAUUCACUUCAACAUGGAAGGCAGGGUUAAUGAUGUAAUGCAUUAUUAUAUCAAUGGAAUCCUUAUUAAAACCAGUUCUAAGUAAGCAAAAACUGAUGAAAUCCCACGCUAACCUAUCAUAGGCCUUUUCAAGAUCAAUUUUUAUGGUGAACCAAGCCUUUUGACCAGAUAUUUUCUUCAUAAAGUGAAGGAUCCCAGAAGCAGCUAUGUAGUUGUUAUCACAUCCUCUCGCUAUCAGGAAACUACUUUGGUUUGGAGUGAUGAUUGAAUGGAGGUGGGGUCUUAUCCUAUGCACUAUAAUUUUGGUGAUGAUUUUGUAGGAGGUGUUUCAUAGGCUAAUAGGUCUGAACUACUUGAUGGAUUUAGGGUUACUGACUUUAGGAAUCAAGGUAAUGCUAGUGUUAUUUGAUCCAUCAUGGAGUUGCUUAGACAAAAAAAAAAUUGGCAAAAGGUAAGCAAAAGGGAUGGAAGCCAUCAGGCCUAGGGGCCUUGAACUUUCCCAUGGAGAAUAUAGCAUUGUGAACUUCACCAAUUCAGGGGGUUUGGACAACACUGAGAUGGGGGGAUGGGAUGUUGAUCAAUUGGAAUAAUGCAUCCUUGGCUGGUGAACAUGGUAGAGAAGUAGGAAGAGAUAUGGCCAGUUAGCUGGUGUUCAGAGAGUUCCUCUCCAGCUUAGUUUUUGAAGUUUUGGAUUUUAUUCCUCCUCUUUCUAAUUAGGACAGAAUUAUAGAAAAAGUUGGUUUUCCUAUCACCCUCAUUUAGCCAGUUUAUCCUAGAUUUGAUUGCCCAACACUACAAGAAAAAUAUCUUUUCGUAGCGAUUAUUUUAACAUUUCGUAUCGAUUGUAAUUUCUACAUAAAAAAAAUCCCAACGAAUGGUUAUUCGAUACAAUAUUCGUCGUUGCCAUAACCUUUAGUAGUGUUUUUCGCUUUCGCUGGGGUUGUCCUUAUUAAUCGAUACGGAAAACAACAUUCAAUCAUGGUGAUUAUUGUAGCGAUUAUAAUCGCUACAAAUGUUGAACUCAUUUUCUAAUAAAAAAAUAAAAAAAAUUUAAUAAUAAAUCCCUACAUAUUAUCUAUAUAAGAUUCGAACAUGCAACCUCAAGCUUUAAUAUAAAAUGUUUAUCCAAGAAGCUAUGACAUAUUUUAUGUUCUCUUUGUCAAAUAAAAUUUUAAAAUCUAGUGUAAAAAAGGUUUUUCGUAUCGAUUUUUGGGUUUUAGUGACGAUUGUAAACGAUACGCUUUUCCAUAUUUUUAUGAAUGUGCAUAAAAUGGUGAAUAAAUACUAUUAAUCUUUUCGUAUCGAUUUUAUAUGGGUUUACUAUGUCGAUUGUAAAUUGAUACGGAUUCCACUACUAUUUCACAAACAUAUGUGCAUAUUGUAGCUAAUGUAAAAUCGCUACAAAAAGACAAUUUUCUUAUAGUGCAAAAAGCAUGUUCCUCCUUGUAGGCUUUGGAAAGGUCAACACACAAGUUGUGAUCUAAGGUGUGAAAGAAUUGGUUUGCAGGGUAGUCUCAAGGGCUUUUUGAAUUCUUUCCAAUCUUUUAAGAGUGUUUCUAAUGACUUUUCUAUAGUUUGGCACAUUUUCCUUGGUCCAAAACAGGAUGGAAGGGAUGAUGGCACUUAAUUUGUCGAUCAGAUUUCCAGAGUGGGUAUUCCAGGCAAGGUCCACAAAAUUUUUUAAAUCCAGGUUGGAAGUACCACAUGGAUUCCAUCUUAAAUUCCUUAGGGAAUGAGUUAGGAGGCAUUACAGGUUUAGUAGAGAGCAAGAUGGGACAAUGGUCAGAGCUUCCCUAGGUAAGUGCAAGACAGAGGAUUGAGGGAAAGCUUGGAUCCAAUUAGAAUUGAUCCAAGCUCUAUCUAGCCUUUGCAUAUACAAUAGGUCUGAGUCUUCUUUUAUUAGACCAAGUAAACUUAUUUCCACAAAAACCAGCAUCAAUCAGGCCACAAGUUGACAUGCAUUCCAAAUACUUAUUAAUUUUCCUAAUUUUAACAGGUUACCCUCCCAACUUUUCUGAUUGGGAUGUAACUUCAUUGAAAUCACCAAUGACCACCACUAGAAUUUAUAUUAUUAACGAUAAAUUAAUAACGAUAAAAUAUUUUUUUCUCGUGAAAAGCGAUAAUUUACCAUGUUAUAACAAGAACUGUAGUGAUUGGUCGUACUUAGUUCAUUAACUAGAUAAGUGAAAAAUAAAAGUAAAUAAAAAAGGAAAAAUUGAUAAAAAUAAUCCCAACUUUUUCCCGUUCGCUAAAAAAUAAUCCCAACUUUUAAUUAUUUUUUAAUAAUUCGAACUUUUGGGGUCAUUCACUCAAAAUGCUCCUAAGUGAUUGAUUACCUGUUAAAGAGGUAAUUUUUUGUUAAGGUUUAAUUGACACGUGUCAGCACUUUAUAGGUUGAAAAAAAAAUAUUUUAAAAAAAAACACAAAAAUCCCACACCCACGCAACCCCACCGGCCACCACUACCGUUCCGGCAACCCACCUUCUUAAAUCCCAGCCCAAGUUCCCCCGUCCUCACCCCUCGUCGGAAUCGUUGUAAUUGGGUGUCGAAUCUCUGUAAUUGGUGGUGAAUUAGAUGUUGCGGGGCUGCCGGGUUGCCGCAGCUUUGGUUGCGCCAUUGCGAUGGCUGGUGGUUGUUGUUGGGGUUGUGCGGCUGUUGCGAUUUGAAGAUGGGUUGCGGGGUUGUUGUGUUGCUGCGCCAGAAGGUGAAAUGGCUGAUUUUUCAUUGGCUGGGCGGCGAUGGUGGUUGUUUGGUGGAGAUGCAGGCUGCGUUGUUGGGUGUAGGUAGGGGGUUUUGGGGUGUUUAAUUUAGUGGUUCAGGGGGUAAGGAAGGGGCGUCGCCGACACCGGUGCGGGGGAGUUAGUUCUGGGCGCCGGCGGGGAUGGUGGUGACGGGAGGGGCUGUGGCUGGCGAUGGGGAAGGUGGUCGUGGAUGGGGCUGGGUUUGUUUUUUAUUUUUUUAUUUUAAGUUUUUCUUUUUCUUUUUCUAAGCUUUUUUUUUAAAAAAAAAUUCGACCAAUUACGUGGUGACACAUGUCACCUUAACCUAUUAUAACAUGUUGGGUAAUCGGUUGGGACCAUUUUGAGCAAAUGACCCCUAAAGUUCGGAUUAUUAAAAAAUAAUUCAAAGUUGGGAUUAUUUUAAGCGAACGGGCAAAUGUUGAGAUUAUUUUUACCAAAUUUUCCAAUAAAAAAUCUUAUUGUUUGUGUCGUUAUUAAUAAAAAAUUAUUUUCAGAGAGCGGGAUUAAAGCCCGGGCAAUAAAAUUCUCAUCUUCUCUAAUUUUUCCCAGCGAGAGUUAAUUUGCAACAAUCUCUCGUAUUCUUCUUUGACCCUUCCCUCUUGUUCUUCAAUUUCUAAAGCUACCUCUCACAAGUAUUAGUUCCUAUAUUUGAAAUUCUACAGCAAAUGAAUUAUUCGCUCUAUUUAUAAGCAAUUCUUUAAGCCCGUCUACUAAUCCCAAAAACAAAAGCUAUUGAAUUAGGUUAAAUUAGGGUUUAUCAAUUUGUCGAAAAGUUCUUGGUAGUAUUCUAAAAACGCAAUUGAAGGUUAGUGUUCUCAUCCCUCUUUUUUUGUAUAAUACUUUAAUUUAGGUUUUAGGAAUCAAUUUAGGGGUUUUAUAGAAUUGUGAAUAUGUUUAUUUUCUUAUUAUUAUUGUUUUUAAUUUUCUGUUGCUUAUGUUUUUGCCUUUUAUUUUUCAAUAUGAUACUCAAAUCAAUGUUGCUAGUUAAAUUGAUAUUUUGUUGAAUUAGUCAACCCCUUUUGCUUUUUGAUUCUUUCAAUCUUUCUAAUUGAACUAUUCCAUUUGUGUUAAUUUGGUGAAUUAAUUUAUUUAUUUUUUACUUUUUCAAAGAAUUCAGGAAUUUUGUUUCGUUAAUCAGUCAAUUCAGUUGUUUGAUUUUUUUUUUUUUUUUUUGUUGGACAAAUACUGAGUAUUGUUUACAUUAUUAGGAAUUUGGGGAUAUAAAGUAAAAAAAACUACGGCUGGAUUCCUUCAUUCUGAUUAUUGUUUACACUAUAAGAAAAGUACUUUUUCGUAGUGAUUAUUUUAACAUUUCGUAUCGAUUGUAAUUGCUACAAAAAAAAUAAAAAAAAAAAAAAAAAAAAUCCCAACGAAUGGGAUAAAGCUGACGACAACCAUAGUCCAUAAAUGUAUCAUCUUAACUUCUUGAACUUUCCUGGGUCCUUGAUUUUAGCAAAAUAAAAUCAUACUAGUUUUACUAGUACAUCAAUUUGAUAAAAAUGAUCUAGUUUGGUAAUAUGCAUGCACACUUCAUGGUGCAUGGCCCCCUAAUUUACCUCGUAAAUGUGGUAGGGAAUGAAAAUUUUUAACUAAUGAUGUUUAGAAGUUUUGUUCUUAACAAAAACCAUUUCCUAGUAUGAAGAAGAGAAGGUGAGGCUCUACAUGUGACACAAAUAACAAGUUAGUUAUAAGACAAUGAGACACGAUUUUCCUAUUUUCAUGAUUGCGAUUCAUACAAAGAAAACAUAAAGACACCCUUCUAUUUUUAUUUCAGGGACGAACGAGGAGUUAAAGGAAAGGUGUGCUCCGACAAAAGGAUUGGGUUAGAAGCCUUUGAAGCAAAAGAAGAAAUUGGUGUAUUUAUAUUUUUAUCAAAUUUCUGAAUUUUUCAGUUAAGAAGAGAGGUCGUAGAUGAUACGGAGUAUCUAGGCUUCGAUUUGAUUGGAUGAUAAAGCUAAUUUGGUUUACUCUCGGUCUUCAAAUUUGGCUCAUACCCGUUUUGUUUUUUCUUUUAUUUAUUAGUCCUACUGUCCUAUAGAUAGGGUAGGUUUUAGAAUGAAAGGAUGUAAUAUUAUAAUGUUGUUGCUGGUUUUCAGCAGACUUGGAAUUCAAUUAUUAAUUCAAAAUCUUUAUUAUUAUGAUUUUUGUCUUAUUUUUAUUUAUCUUGAAUUUCAUAAUUUUAUUAAAUAUUAAUUGUAUUGAAAAUUGUUGGUAAAAAGGUUGUUAAAAGCUUUUACCAUUAACGACAAAGAAUUUGGUCGCGAAUAACCUAAUUAAAUAUUUAUUUAUUUUUACUGUUGGAUAUGUAUUAUAUGAGGGAAAAUUUGGUCGUUACUGCCUAGUUGUUUAUCGUUAAUAAAAAAUUAAUUAACGAUGAAUCAUUUAGUCAUUGUUAAUGAUUAACGACAGGAAAAUAUGUCGUCGUCAUCAUUUAACGACGAACAUCGUCGUUAAAACCAAUAACGAGGGAGCCAAUUAUAUCGAACAAACAACAAAAAUAUAUUCGUCGUUAAAAGCUUUAAAGAUGAUUAAUUGAGCUUUUAACGACGUUAAAAACCCUUUUCUAGUAGUGGA